AGUGUUAUUAAUCUCGGGGCUGCAAAGCUUCUCGUGUAAGAGAGGACAGGAUGUGAGAGGGACUGGAGCUGCAGGGCUGUGGAACUUGUGGCUCAGAUGGCUUCUCACACAGCCACUUGCUAUUUUGAGUGCCCGUGCUGUGUGCGGCGUUGAAAAUCCCUGCUCCGGCUUUCUUCAUACAGAUCCUGGGUGUUGCUAGGCUAAGGUGAGCGCUGCAAGAUUUUGCAUGGCAACUAUUACAGUAUUUGGCCAUUUCCUCUGCUAAUAGGAAGAUACUCUGCUCUUCUCUGCAAAUGACAGGCAAGUACAGAAAAUAGAGGCAUCUCUUUGAAGAAGUUCUGUCAGAAAUAGCUGGGGUAGGACAAAUGCCCUCAGAAAUAAAAAGGGAAAGCACUGUGGUCUAAGACUUAAUAAAUAAAUCCAGAGGUUCACGCUACAGUGCAUGUUUCUGUUUAGAGGCUAAGGGAUAGUUGGUCUGCACAGGAUUUCAAGUAAGUGAGAAUGGAUGCCCUCAGAGCAGUUGAUAUUUUGUUCCAUAGCCUGUAUUGCAACUGCAACUGGGUGGAAGAAGAGAAAUGCAUGUGGAAAUACUGGCCAAGUGGACUGUGUAAAGAAAAAUAUAAAGCAAUCAGGAUUCCAAGUGCAGCGUAUAAAGUAGGAAUUUAAAAAUCUGAUGGCUACUUUUGGUGAAGCAGCACUGGAAAGAGAACCUCCCUUUAAAUGCAAGUUCUAUGAUGAGCUAAACAUGAAUGUUCAGCAGUUUUACCAAUGGUUAUUAAAAAAUUCUACAGCCAGUGAUGCCUGCAACUAGCUGUCCCUCCCAUUGGCAGAAAUAUAUAAAACACUUCAUUUUUCCCCACCGCAGUAGCCUUUUGUCCUUCAGUUAACUUUUCAUAGGAAUUGGCAGUGUUGUGCAAGACAUGUCUAAUCAGACUUCUACUGAAACGGCACAGCAGCCAAGCUUCUUAUUUUUAACUUGGGGUGAAUUGGUAUUGCAUCAAGAAAUGUCUGGUAGUUUUUCUUUAUAUAGCCUUUGGAUUUUGUAAGACAGCUCAAUGGUGAUGUAUGCUUGGGUUCAUUUGCAAACUGAGUUUGAAUUUCUUGGCUUUUGGGGGCAAGACAGAACAUCUCACUGUUAGUUUGUCCUGUCUGCAAUGUGCUUUUUGCUCAUGAGGCUAGGCCAUCCCCAGCCAAGAAAAACUUGCAAAUUGGAGCAGUAUCUACGCAUGGUUUUGCUGUGUUUACUUUCUGAACAAAGGGGAUUACGAACUGUAAAGGGGAAGCUCCUCUUCCAGAAAUCUUCACAUGGACACUGACAUCUGUUUGGAAGCCUGGAUGCUCUGAGACCCAGUUCUGACAUGUACCAUUCUCCAGAAGAGCCGUGCUGUGCUAAGCUGUGAUCAGAAACUAGUCUGCAUGUGUGUAGGCUGCUUCAGUACAGACAAAAAUCACUGAUAAAAUGCCAUUAUAAAAUUAAGCUCAGCUGACUAGGCUGCUUUUUGGGCUGGUUUUCUCUCCUGCGCAGAAACGCUCUGCCUUCGCUGCUGCACUACCUGGAAUUACUGUGUAGGCAUUUCUACAGAUGUACCAGAGAUAGCUUUAAUACUAAGCAGAAACUUGUUCCCACAAGCAAAUUUUGACUUGUCAUUUCCUUUGUCAUUUGUUCUGAACAAGAACAGACUAUUCGGGCUCAAGGGGACUGUCCACUGGCUUGUCCCAUGCUUGUGUUAUCCUGGAAACCUUAUUCUGCAUCUGCUGGGAAUUAUUCAGUGAAGUGGAUAUUUAUUCAGGACUAUAAAUUAUUGGUGAGCUGCUCAUGAUUUGAAGCUGUCAGGUAGCUGGUGCAGGUGCCAUUUGCAGCAGCAUUGCUCCUAGAGCAUGGAGUUCAAAGUCCCUCUGUGGAAGGGGACUUUCUUUCCCACAGAUCACUCCAGAGGGCUGUUGAGGUGUUUUAUCCAUGAUUCAUAGCAAGAGAACAUACCUGUUCCCCGAGAUUGUGAAAAUACUGGCUUCUAGUCCUGUUUAUUUCAACUGAGCUUAAGCUACAAAGGCAGCAAGAUCCCAGUGCUCUCUUUUUAAGCAACAGUCCUGCUCAUGUCCUCAUGUACUGCUUUCCUUUAACUGCAUGAGGUGUAGUUAAUGCAAGAUUAGGCUGUUUCAAAGGAGCGGUUGAGAGCAAUUCAUUCUCUAACAACUUUCUGCCUGGUGGUCAGGGCUGCUUUCCAGGAGGUGUUGGUUUGGAUCCCCUCAGCUGGAGAAUGGCACUGAACCCACACCUUACUGCUGCCUCCAUGAGCAGCCCUCAGUGAACAUCUUGCUCUUGGCACAUUAGAUGACAAAGAGAGAAAGAAGCAAGACUGCUUUUGAAGAAACCAGGGAAUACCCUGUGAAAUGCUUGGGAGACCCAACACAGUCUGGGGCUGCAGGUUAGGUCAGGAUAUUUUGGCAAGACCGUGCUUCCAGCUGUGGUCACCAGCCACCUUCCCAUGGCUGAUAGGGUGGGAAGACUUACAGGGACUCGGUCCUCCAGGGUUGGAGAAGCUCUUUGAAAAGUGCAAAAUCAAAUAAAUGCAUGGAUAGCCUGGAGGGUGGAGACAGAAGCUGCUUUGAGGUGGAAGAGCUGGGAAGAAGCACUUCAAGGAAGUCGUGCUCAAGUCUUUUAGUCACAGUCCCAGAUCCUACCAGGAAACCUGUGCCACGGCACAGACAUCAUUUUGACUCAUGGACUCUGGGGAACAUGGUUCCCUCACCUUUAGCAUGAACUGUUAGCCAGAUCUUCCUGGAAGGAUAGUCUGUAUUUACUCAGUUUGCCAACUCUUUAACUUCAUCUAAACUGGAUGACUCAAGCUGCUGAGGAAACCAGAAAAAUAGGGAAGUAUCUGAUUUAUUGAGAUACCUGGGGCUUUAUGACUGACUGCCCUGCAGUUUGGGGGCACGUACCCUCCUCACAUGGUCAUGUGUUCAGCUCUGUGAGUUGAGCGCAGCCAGGAGGGUACAAGAGUUAUAAAUCCUUUUGCAGGAGAGCAAGGAUGUUGAAGUUGCUGUCAGUGCAAACACCCCCUUUCAGAGCAUAAGGGCAAGGUAACUGUGCAAUUAAAAUGCAAGGAAGGUGUUCCGAGAUGUAAAAGAAACAGUGUUCUGUUAAAAUACUCUCAACAGAAUAGUGGAAGAGAAAGAUUUUUGUCUGCAGCAACUGUAUUUCCAACAGUCUUUGUCUGGCUUUGCCUUUACAAGAAGUCUGUCGCAUUUCCUUAUUAUUUAAAGGAACAGGGUGAGUAGCGAAAGUGAAAAUCGCUUUAUCCCAGCACGGAUGCCGUGUCCUCACACCCACGAUCCCGGGCUGAGCUGGCUGUCCCGCAUGUGGAGCUGCCGCCGCUUCAGAGAGCCGAUGUCAGAGGAGCGCGGCGGGCAGGAGCGGCCGGAGAGUCGUGAAGAAGAUGACAGAAAAGUAAGGAGGAGAGAAAAAAAUCGAGUUGCUGCACAGAGGAGCCGGAAGAAGCAAACUCAGAAAGCAGAUAAACUUCACGAGGAAUAUGAGUCUCUUGAGCAAGAAAAUACCUCCCUGAAAAGAGAAAUCGGAAAGCUAACAGAUGAAAUGAAACACUUGAGUGAAGUGUUGAAGGAUCAUGAAAAGAUCUGUCCACUAUUGCACUGCACUAUGAACUUUGUGACCAUACCAAGGCCUGAUGCACUUGCCAGCUGCCUACCAAGAUGAGUGCUCUCCUUAAUCACCUCUCAAUGUGAAGUGUGAAAGUGCCAUUAACAGGAGGUUUGAAGAACUGCCUAGUGUGCAGUUCUUCCGUGGAAGAGGGCUGGACUCGACCACACAGCUCUACUCCACAUUGAAAUGUUACAGUCUUCUGAAUCUCAGGAAAACACCAGUAUGGAAAAUAAGACAAUUUGAACAGCAGCUUCUAACUUGGUAGACUCUUCAAGCCAUGGUUUUGCCUUUGGAAAUGUCAAAGUGCCAUGCAGCCCACUAUGGAGUGAUGGAGGGGAAAAGUACCGACCUCAGACUGGGAUGUCUUUCUCCCACACAUCCACUGCCAGUAACCCUUUGUCACUUGUCACCUAUGCAUGUCAUGAUCUGGCUGCUGGGUUUUAUCUCUCUAAACAGGUUUGGUUAAUAAAAGUGAUGUCUCAUCUCUA